AUGUCUGGACCUGAACAGCUCAUCGAGAUAGUUAUGAACGACAGAUCAUAUGUUGUAAGCAAAAGCAAGCUGAUUGAGCAGAGCGACUACUUCCGAGCUCUUUACAGCUCUGGGAUGCGAGAGUCAGAAGAAGAUUCAGUGCAGCUCCAAGGACUGAGUGUGUCAGGUCUGGAACUAGUUCUGGAGUUCAUCAACACCUCUAAAGUCCAGGUAGAGAAUGAAACAUUGGAGGAUCUUAUAGACACCGCCUCCUUUCUCCAGGUGACUCCUAUCCUGAAGCUUCUUCUGUCUGAAAUCCGCCUAGACAACUGUGUUGAGCUGUUUAACCUUUCAGAGGUCUAUGGCACACAUGAGCUGCGCAAGGCCUGCCUUAAGUUCAUGAGUAGCAACUACCACGUGAUGCUACGUACACCUGAGUUUCACACCCUGCCAGGUGAUCUCCAAGAACAGAUUAGGGACUUGCGCAUGAGGGGCACAGCCACCCUGGUGGCAGUUGGACACUUUAUGGGCACACGCCUAGACCUUACUAGUGAAGAGAAACCAUGGUCCAUGUUGUGCUAUGGGGAGGGGGAGCGGCGCUGGAAGACGCUCACCGACAGCCUGCCCCCAGACAUGGUCAGUGUAAGGGGCUACGGGUCAGCAGUGCUUGACAACUACCUUUUCAUUGUUGGUGGCUACAGGAUGACAAGUCAAGAGAUUUCAGCAGCGCACUGCUACAACCCCUGCCGAAAUGAAUGGUUCCCUGUAGCUUCACUAAACCAAAAGAGGGCUAACUUUAAAUUGGUGGCAGUGACUGGAAAGCUGUUUGCAGUAGGAGGGCAUUGUUUAAAUACAGUAGAGUACUACUGUCCCCAACAAGACUGGUGGACCUGUGUGUCUUCCAUGCCUGAUCCUCUGACUGAGUUCUCUGCUACAGAAUGCCAGGGCAUGAUCUAUGUCAUGGGUGGUUACACAGCCAGUGACAGGAACACUAAUGUGCUGCGUUACUGUCCCAUCUCCGACACAUGGUCCGUGCUGCACACGUGUCCGGUACAUGUGCGUAAGCAGCAGAUGCUGUCGGUUGAGGAUACCAUUUACCUGGUGGGUGGCUACACACGCGAGCUGGAGAGAGCUGACCAUGGUGAGGACAUGCUGACUGUGCAGUCUUAUAAUGUGCGCACAUGUCUGUGGCUGCAGCUACAGAGCAACGUGUCCAAGUCAGGCCUAAACUUGACAUGUGCUCUGCAUAACGACGGCAUAUACAUCAUGAGCCACGAUGUUGGACCACGCACCGGUCUUGAGCAUCGCGUGUUCACCAAGUACAAUGUCUUCACUGAUGCCUGGGAGGGAUUUAGCCGCUUUUCAACUCUUGGUCAUAAUGCCCUGCUCUGCUCCCUUUAUUUACCUAAUGUUCUCUGACCUAUAGAGCUUUUGCUGGUACAAAAGGUAUAUUUUCCGGAAGGUCACAUGGGCCCUGUUUAGACUUGGUAUUAACAUGUGUCUCAGGUGAUCUGAUCAUACAGAGGGGACAUAUUUAUACCUGGCACUUGCAUAUGUCUGGACACAGCAAACAGCAUUGCCAAACCUUGACAAAAGCAGCCUAAUGUCACUUGAAAUAAAGCCCAAACCAGCCAGGUAGCAAAGAUUAAGAUCAUGUCAGUGUAUGCUGACGAAUGGAUUGGCACCCUGUCAAAGGGUGUAUUCCUGUCUUGCAUCCAGGGCUUCUGGUUAGGCUUUAGACCCACCAGUACACUACACAGAGUAAAUCAGUCACUGAAGAUUUUCACUUCUAAAGUUUUUUAGACAUAAAUACACUAAAACACAUUAUUAGGUACACCUAUCUGGUAUCUUGAUUAUUUUUUAAGCUUCACCUAACAUACAGCUGAACUUGGGGAUAUACAGUUAUGAACUGUAGCCCAUCUUUCAUUGUUUAUUUUGUCUUUUCCCUAUAACCCAUUUAUCAGUUCUAAGGGAUCACCAUAGAUGUUUCUCAGCACUGCAGCAACACUAAUGGGAUAAUGACAUUAGUGUUGAAUAAGUGUAUUAGGUGCAGCUCUGUUCUUGGGAUCUUUGAACGCCUAAAUGUCAAUGCUGGGAGAACAAUAGUGCUCCAACAAAAAAAAAUAUAAACCAACAGCAUCCAGUAAUCAGAAAGUGUCCACUGAUAAUAGACAAAAGGAAAUUCUGCAUGAAAAAUCUUCACAUUGUGCAAUGAAAAAAUACAAAUUAGCUCAAGUCUCAACUGUACACAUACAUCAAGUGCUAACAGGAUAUGUUUUCUUAAUAAAGAGGCCAGUAAGUAUAACCAAUAUAAAAAAAACCAGCUGUUGCACAUGAUAUACCUGUACAUAACACUUUCAUGUCAUCCCCAUGUUAGAUAGGUGUACCCAAUGAAGUGCUAUGUGAGUGUAUAUGAUAUGAAUGCAUACAUUUUUGUUCUAAAUGGAUUUAAUAAUGCUUUAUGUAGUGUGGUUGAUAAUAGUACAUUUACUGAGCAUUACACAAAAGUAGCUUGAAAACCAAAAACCUCCACACUGGAGACUAGGUAGUCCUGAGAUGCAUUUAUUGUACAAAUGCUAUGUGGCUGUACCUUUCCCUGACCACCUCCUAGUGUGGUAUUAGUGAAGAUACUUCUGUGACUUACUUGCAAUUUAAAACCAAGUCUAAGCAGGGUGAUUGUGAUCUUUUAAACUCUAUGAUCAAUAAUGGUAGUGUUUGAAAUGGCCAUGAUUAGAUUUAUGUCUAAGGAACAAAGACACACCAAAAAACACUGACUCAGAAGACUGACUCAGGAUUAAGAUCUUGACUCAAGUGUUUACAUUUAAUAACAAAUCGACAAUUCAUUGAACCUCACCUGGUAUGAUUUAACUGCGUGCUGUUGAUGUACACUUAAUUGUAGCUUUACACAGCAAUAUGUAAACACGCAUGGAACACUGGAACAAGUGCACUAUUUUUAUAUAAAACUUGUACACAUGUACUGUUUGUUAGGGGUGUAACAAUGCAGAAUUCUGUGCUUUCCUAGUUUCAUUUAAAAUAUAAACAAAAAAGCAUUUUAUACUACACUAAUAUUUAGUCUAUUGAAAUGUAGGGUACAUUUAGGUAUUUGGCUGAGAUUGUUAUUUUAGUAAACACUGCCUUAGAACAACAGAAUAAUAGAAUAAUCUUUUUACAAUAACAAAGAUCCCACUUCUAGAAAACCCGCUUUUUUAACACCAGUCUUUGUUAGUCAUCACAGCAUGCACAAAUUGGUCAGCACUGAGUUGUUGGCUGGUAAGGUGACUACAUACAGACAAGAUUGGUUGUCUGAGGAGAAGGUAUGGCUGAGGCCCUGCAAUGGAUUGGCAUCCUUUCUGAGGUGUGUUUCUGCAUUGCGCCCAGUGAUUCCAGAAAAAUUAUUCCCACCAUGAUCCUGACCAGGAUAAAGCGGUGGUAAAACAUAAAAUAAAAUGAAAUUAUCAUCAUUAGUUCUUGGCACUGACUUUCUGAACAAUUAUUAAAUAUUUCAAUUAUAAAACAAUUAUAAACAGUUAUAAAACGGUAUUUUAACCUUAUCAUGUAAUUUUCAGUAAUUAUAUAACAUUUAUGUAAACAAUAAGCUUUUGUCAUAUAAGCAGCCUUUAAACUUAAAUACACACCUAGUUUUGGUCCCUUAUGUGCGUGAGAAAGACGAAUUGCAAUAGAGAAAUUGAUAGCACUUCUGUUAAAACAAUGUGACAUAUAGCACAUAUAGCAUAUAGUAUUGCAAGUUGGAUCAAACAUGGCACUGCUAUUUGAUGUGCCUAGUAAUUGCACAUUCCAUGAUUCAUUUUGUCACAAUGUCUUGAUACACCCCUAAUGUCUGCAACACUAAUGCAUAUAAAUAUACAAACCACAUUUCCAGAAAAGGACAUUUUGUCAAUUACAGUAAGAACAAUCUAUGAUUUGUUGAUUCUCUUGAAUUAUUAUUUAAUAUAAACACAUUAAGAAUUCGAUGCCUGCAACACACUCCAAAAGAAUCUGGGACACAGGCAUGUUUAGUACUGUGUUAUAAAACUUUUCAGAGUAAUGAGAUUUUUCUCUAUGCUUGUUUGAUACAAGACUUUAGCUGCUCAGCAGUCUGUGGUUGCCAUUGUCUGAUUCUUCUAUGAUGAUCCAUAUAUUUUCAAUAGAAGAGAGAUCAGUCCAGUCAAGCGCACACACACUACAAAGCACCACCGCUGUAGUGCGUGCAGAAUGAGGCAUGGCCUUGUCGUGCGGAAAAGUUGUCACCUUGAUGGCAGCAUGUGUCUUUCUAAAAUCCAAAUAUACACUUUGUUCUCACAUUCAAGUCACUCGUGCCGUGGCCACUGAUGCACCCCAUACCAUGACAGAUGUUGGCUUUUGCAUCUUUUGCUGACAACAGUGGCAUAAAGCAGCAGUCCCCAACCUUUUUUGCACCACAGGCCGGUUUCAUAUAAGAUAUUAUUUCACGGAACUGUACUAUUCACAAAUGAGCUUUUUUCGCUGCAACGAGAUGCUGCUCCCACCUAGUGGUGAUUGGGGACAAUAACACCCGUAAAAAGUAGUGUUUUCAUUGCUGAUGUAGCAAUCUCUAAACAUUUAUUCUUUCUGUGCGGCCCGGUAAUAAAUUACCCACAGAGGACCACUGGCAUAAAGAACUCUACGUUAACUGACCACAGCACAUUUCUACGGUCUUUCACUCCAUCCAUGAUGAGCCUGGGCCCAGAAAGCUCAGCGACAUACCUGCACAGAAUUGAUGUCUGAUCAGUAAAAACAUUGAAGAUCUUUCUACUUUUGUCAAUAAAAUAAAGAUUCAAGAGAAUUAACAAAGCACAAGUACUUAUAUUUAUUGCAUGUAACAAAAUGUCCCUUUGUUGAAAAUUGGGUUUGUAUAAGCAUCACUGAUGUACCAGUGAUGCUUUGCAGCUCACAGCUGUGGUCUUAUAUGGUCAUAAUGGAACACUACUUGUGUGAUCUGAAAGCCUUGGUCUUAACUACAGUGUUACAGUUUUGUAACUUGACAAUGUAUGCCUUGAAUGUAGGCGUCUGAUGUAUUAGAGUAAAUAGCUAAAGUAGCAUGACCAGAGUGAUCAAUAACUUUGUGUAGCAAAUGUUCAGAUUUGUUCAGUUUAGCCCUUCUAAGUGCAAUAUGCAACUUUUUGCUUCUUUGCUUUAAUUUUGAGCACAUGAGCACUUGGUUUUUAGCCAGAGUUUGUGAAAGUUUUGUAUCACAGAUGCCUUAAACACCAAUGAUUCACUAAUAGUGUAAUAAAAUAU